AUGGAAGAGGAUGUGACCUUAUCAAUAUUGGCAGGGUCACUUCCCAUAUGCCAAGUCAUGUCAACGAAGACAGAUCCUCCUUCUGAAAGUCGCUCAACACGUUCGAGGAAGUUUGGAACACCAUUCACGAAACGUGGUGGGAAGAAUUCCAAGGAGAAGAAUGGAAUGGCUAUUUUACGCGUAAAUGGUAUCGAUAGCGGCGACGAGAAUGCUGUGGUUACUGAGAAGCCGGUUUUUGAAACUAGUAAGAGUUGGUCUUUGAAAAAUUACGAGCUUCUUCACGAAAGGAUCGAACGUCUGAUCGAGGAGAAGACUCCAUUCUUCUCCUUGGAAUUCUUCCCACCACGUUUCGUGAAUGGUGUUCCAAACUUCCUCGAACGUGUUGAGCGACUUUCAGAAGGAGGAUCUGUCUUCGUUGACAUGACUUGGCAUAUGGGAAGUGACCCUGCCAAUAUUGAUAAGGUCACAUCCUCUUCCUCGAUUGCUGCAUCCAUGCUCGACUACUGUGGAGUGGAUACCAUGUUGCAUAUGACAUGUGUCCAGUACAACAAGGCUGACACUUUGAAGCAUCUCGAACAAGCCAAGGCGAUGGGACUCAGAAGCAUUCUUGCUCUCAGAGGAGAUCUACCUCCAGGGGUGUGUUGCGGCAUCGUUUCUAAUUCAUUUUUCAUUUUCAUGUUUCAGACUGAGCUCGAGGAUACUAACCAAUUCCGUGCUCUCGACAUGAUCCGUUGGAUUCGUGAGGAAUACGGAGACUACUUCUCCAUUGGUUGCGCUGGAUACCCACUCGGACAUCCACAAGCCCCUUCGUACAAGGCUGAUCUUCAGUAUUUGAAAGCUAAAUGCGAUGCCGGAGCUAACUUUGUGAUCACCCAACUGUUCUUCGAACCAGAGACUUUCGAGAAGUUUGUGGCUGAUUGCCGUGAAAUCGGAAUCACCAAACCAAUCAUUCCUGGAAUCAUGCCAAUCAUGGGAUACGAAUCCAUCAAGCGUAUCGCUAAACUCUCCCAACUGGAAAUUCCUGAGCACAUUCUCGAAGAUCUUGAGCCAAUCAAGCAUGAUGACGACGCUGUUCAAAAGUAUGGAACUGAGCGAUGUAUUGAAAUGUGUAGACGUCUUCUCGAUAACGGAUCAGCUCCAUCGAUUCAUUUAUAUACCAUGAAUCGUGAGGGAAGCAUUCGUGAGAUUCUAAAAGCUCUUGGAUUGUGGAAGCUCGAAGGAGAUCGUGUGUUCCCAUGGAAAAAUCGUUCUCAACAUCCAAUCAGAUGUCUUGAAAGUGUUCGCCCAAUCUACUGGAGCUUCCGUCCUCGCAGUUAUAUCACCAGAACUCGCGAUUGGGAUCAGUUCCCGAACGGAAGAUGGGGAAACAGUUCUUCUCCAGCAUUUGGUGACGUGAGCAGCUACUACUUGUCCAACUUAACAACCCUUCGUAACGGUGACGAUCGUCUCUCCAUGUUUGGGGAAAAUAUCGAAAGUAUCGAAGACGUCAAGCGUGUCUUCAUCAACUACAUCACCCAAACUCCAAACGUUUCCGGAAAGAAAGUUACUGUUCUUCCAUGGACCGAGGCUGAAACUGGAGUUCAGCCAGAGACAUCAUUGAUCAGCGAACAACUUGUUUGGUGCAACGAGAAUGGAAUUCUUACUGUGAACAGUCAACCGUCCGUCAAUGGAGCGCCAUCUACUGAUCCACUCGUCGGAUGGGGAAAACCAGGAGGAUACUGCUAUCAGAAAGCAUAUCUUGAGUGCUUCAUGACUGCCGAACUUUCAGAAAAGUUGAUUGAUAUCAUUGAGAGAGAAUAUCCAGUUCGUGUUAACUACCACGCGAUUGAUAAGGAUGUAAGCUAUAUUCUGAAUUCACACGAUUCAAUGCAAAUUUUCAGAACCAACAGCGAAGAGACCACUCCAAUUGCUGUCACAUGGGGAGUCUUCCCAGGAUCAGAAAUAGCUCAGCCAACUGUAGUUGAUCCACUUUCGUUCCGUGCUUGGAGAGAUGAAGCUUAUCAAAUGUGGAUGGCCCAAUGGGGAGAUUUCUAUCCAAAAGAAUCCAAGUCAUAUGGAGUUAUCAAAUCAAUUCAUGACACAUUCCGUCUUGUGACUCUUGUGGAUAACGACUUCCAGAAACCAUCCGUCCUCUUCGACGUUCUUCAGAAGGCUCUCGAACAACUCUAUCAGUAA